UAAUAAUUCAAAAUGGCGGCUCAAUCAGGACUAGGAUGAACUUAGGAAUCUUUUGGGAAAAUCAAAAUAAACUAUGAAGCUGUAUUCCCUAGGAAGAACCAGCUCGGCGCCAUGUCUCGUACUUCAGUUCAAAGGAGCAAGUAUAAUGUUGGACUGUUCUUUAGAUGUGUCAACUCUGCAGCACUUUAUGCCUCUUUCAUUAGUGAACAAUGAAAGAACAAGUCAGCUAAAACCAUGGACAACCAGGGAACUCCAGGAUAUUGAGGGAUUUUCUGCCCAGAAUAACUUAAAGGAAAUUGGUGGGAAAGUAUUCAUAGAUGAGGAACCAGAAAUUUGCCCUCCAGAGGAUUGUCUGCUGGAUAUUUCCACCAUUGACAUCAUUCUUAUAUCUAAUUACCAUUUCAUGUUGGCAUUACCUUUCAUAACAGAGCAUUCAGGAUUCAAAGGAAAAAUCUAUGCCACUGAACCAACAGUUCAGAUUGGAAGAGAACUAAUGUUAGAGAUGGUGGUGUAUGCAGAGCGAGUUCCAAAAGUGAGCAAAGGAAACAUGUGGAAGGACAAUGAAGUUUUAAGAUGUCUUCCUCCUCCUCUGUGUGACUUAAAGGGGACAAAGUCAUGGAAAGUACUUUACAGCAAAAAAGAUGUAAAGGCUUCAGUAUCAAAGAUUCAGAAUGUUGGAUAUUCAGAGAGAAUUGAUCUGUUUGGUAUUCUAAAGCUCACUCCCCUCAGUUCUGGAUAUUGUUUAGGAAGCUGUAACUGGGUCAUAGAAUCUGACUAUGAAAAGGUCAGUUAUAUUUCUUGUUCAUCGACAUUCACCACUCAUCCUCUUCCAAUGGACCAGUCCAUGCUGAAGAACAGUGAUGCCUUAAUUAUGACUGGCAUCACACAAGCUCCCACUGCAAACCCUGAUGCCAUGCUGGGGGAAUUCUGCACUCACCUAGCUACCACUUUACGAAAUGGAGGAAAUGUUCUUGUGCCUUGCUGCCCCUCUGGUGUUCUGUAUGAUCUUUUUGAGUGUUUGUACUCAUAUAUGGAUGGUGCCAAUCUUUCAGCCAUCCCUAUCUACUUCAUCUCUCCCGUUGCAGAUAGUUCUUUAGCUUACUCUAAUAUUUUUGCAGAGUGGCUUUGUCAGAGUAAGCAAAGCAAAGUUUAUCUACCAGAGCCACCAUUUCCACAUGCUGAGCUUGUGAAAGCAAACCGUCUGAAACACUUUCCCAGCAUCCAUGAUGGAUUGAGCAGUUGUUUCAAGACGCCCUGUGUCGUAUUUACUGGACAUCCAUCGUUAAGAUAUGGAGAUGUAGUGCACUUCAUGGAACUUUGGGGAAAAUCAAAUGGAAACACUGUUAUAUUCACUGAGCCAGAGUUUCCAUACCUCGAGGCUCUUGCUCCAUAUCAACCUCUAGCAAUGAAGGCUUGUUACUGUCCGAUUGAUCCAAGACUUAAUUUUACACAAGCUAACAAACUUAUUCGUGAACUUCAGCCUGGUCAGCUUGCUAUACCGGACACAUACACCAGAGCACCGGAUUUAUUGCCGCACAGAACAGACUUAACCAUUCAAGAUACGGAGUGCAAGAUCUCGACGUUUAGCCAUUUGGAUGUUCUAUCGCUGUCGGUGAAAAGAGAGUUUGAGAAAGUUGUCUUAUCGAACGAGUUGGCCAGCGGGCUCCACCCUCAGGAAGUGAGACCUGGUAUCGCAGUAACCACUGUUACGGGAACCUUGGUAUCGAAAGACAACAGAUACACUCUUGAACCGUUAGAUCUGACGGGCGACGGAUUUAACAAGACAAAGGAUUCAAAGGCGGAAUCUAAAACAGGCCAGAAGUCCUGUCAUUUAUGGGGGAGCGUACUCGUGGAAGAUCUCGUAAAGUCUUUAGCGAAGCGUGGUAUUGAGGACGUUAACGUGGAUUCUGAUCACGGGGGACACACUCUCCACUUGACCCAGCAUGAUGCUAUGAUUCAACUGGAUCGUAGUGGGACGCAUAUUAUCACGCACGGAAACGAGGCUCUUAGAAUCGACAUCCGGGAUUCGCUUCUUGAGUGCGUGUCACAGUUUUAAACGCGUACCAACGUCCAGGAAGUUUGGUGGUUACCUCUAGGGAAAAAACUUUUGUGUUCAACUCCGGACAUGCCGUCAUCUAAUGAACUGCAAAAGCGCAAACGUCACAUCAGUUUCCGUUGCCAAAUUUUUUAGUUCAAAUUUAUUGUGAGGACGAACUGGGUUGAAGAAGCGUGCGCAAAGAACGAAGUCUUCAAGUCGUUUUAUCAAUUUUUUUAAAGUAGAGAGAGAAAAGUGUAUAUAAGUUAUCAAUUCGUUUACAAACAUUAGAGGUUAGAUAACCGUAGAGUCAACUAAGAUUAUGAUGUGCGUCUUGUCACGAACGUGGUACAAAGAAAUAAAAUCUGCUGACUGUCCGAUGCAAAAUGAACCUCAGACCUUCGCAUUUCGUUCUCUGAUGCUUACCGCUGGGCUUCGUAGAUCUAGAAGACGAACCAGAAGUGAAUUUUUGGGGUUUAUUAAACAAUUUUCUGCAUACUGCAAUGUCUACACAAUUUUGUGCGCAAACAGAGUAAUGUAAAAGGUCUAACACAAACAAAAUAACCAAACAGUACCAAGAGAUUA